UCCCGCAUUUUAAUUUCUCAUGUGCACGACUCUCCGGUCAGGUCAGUCAACAACCAAAAUCUCCCCAACUUCUCGCGCCUUUUUGCUCCAAUUUAUCGUCUCUCUCGUGGCCAGAUCGUAGUUGAGGAGGUAGAAGCUUUGUUUUUGAUGCAUUGUGAAGGUAAUUGGAUCGUCAAACACGUGGCGUUUAAAUUUGAAUCCAGUCUGGUUCAAUUGAGCUAAUGGAAUCACCUGUCGGUGGUUCAAAAGACUUCUCUGUUAUUGUUGCUACCCUGGAUACUGGUGAAGUGUAUAUUAUUGUCAGUUUGUAUUCUACGAGUGACACUCAGGUGAUAUAUGUUGAUCCAACUACUGGUGCGCUUCGCUACAAUGGGAAACAAGGUUAUGAUGUUUUUAGAUCGGAAAAGGAAGCUUUAGAUUACAUUACAAAUGGAUCACGAUCGUCGUGCAAGACAACUUAUGGCAAGGUGAUAUUGGGUUAUGCUGCCCUGGGAAGCUUUGGGAUGCUUCUUGUUGCCACAAGGUUAACUGCCAGUAUUCGUAAUCUGCCUGGUGGAGGAUGUGUAUAUACAGUGACAGAAAGCCAAUGGAUCAAAAUACCACUUCAAAAUCCUCAACCCCAAGGUAAAGGAGAAGUAAAGAAUGUUCAGGAGUUGACUGAUCUGGACAUUGAUGGGAAGCACUAUUUUUGCGAUACAAGAGAUAUUACUAGACCCUUCCCUAGCCGCAUGCCUUUACAAAGUCCUGAUGAGGAAUUUGUUUGGAAUGGUUGGCUGUCAAUGCCUUUUAAAAACAUUGGGUUACCACGACAUUGCAUUGUUCUUCUGCAGGGGUUUGCAGAAUGUCGGAGUUUUGGAAGUUCAGGUCAGCUAGAAGGGAUUGUUGCUCUCAUAGCUCGACGUAGUAGGCUGCACCCUGGUACUAGGUACUUGGCUAGAGGGAUAAAUUCAUGUUUUAGUACAGGAAAUGAAGUUGAGUGUGAGCAACUUGUAUGGAUUCCUAAAAGGACUGGUCAGAGUGUUCCUUUUAAUACAUACAUUUGGCGGCGGGGAACAAUUCCAAUAUGGUGGGGUGCAGAAUUGAAGAUCACAGCUGCUGAAGCUGAAAUUUAUGUUUCAGAUCGGGAUCCCUAUAAAGGAAGUGCCCAGUAUUAUCUGAGGUUAAGUAAUCGAUAUGAUGGAAGAAAAUUUGAUGCAGCUGUUGGGGAAAAUCAGAAGAAAAAAGCUAUUGUUCCACUUGUAUGUAUUAAUUUGCUUAGAUAUGGAGAAGGGAAGUCAGAAUCCAUUUUGGUUCAGCAUUUUGAGAAAUCGUUGAACUAUGUCAGAUCAACUGGAAAGCUUCCAGAUACACGAAUUAUUUUGAUAAAUUAUGACUGGCAUGCCAGUGUAAAAUUGAAUGGUGAACAACUUACAAUUGAAGGAUUAUGGAAACAUCUAAGAGCACCCACCAUGGCCAUAGGUUUUUCUGAAGGAGAUUAUUUGCCUUCACGGCAGCGGCUUAAUGAUUGCAGAGGUGAAGUCAUCUGCACUGAUGACUUUGAAGGUGCCUUUUGCUUAAGAUCCCUUCAAAAUGGAGUGAUACGAUUUAACUGUGCAGACUCGCUGGACCGUACAAAUGCUGCUAGUUAUUUUGGUGCUCUCCAAGUUUUUGUGGAGCAAUGUAGGCGGCUUGGGAUCUCCCUUGAUAGCGAUUUGGCAUUUGGUUAUCAAUCAGCUAAUAACUAUGGUGGAUAUAUUGCUCCAUUGCCACGAGGCUGGGAGAAAAGAACUGAUUCAGUGACAGGCAAAACAUAUUAUAUUGAUCACAACACUAGGACCACCACAUGGAUUCAUCCAUGUCCGGAUAAACCUUGGAAGAGAUUUCAUAUGACAUUUGAGGAGUUCAAGGGGUCAACAAUUUUAUCACCAGUAUCUCAGCUAGCAGAUCUUUUUCUGCUUGCUGGUGAUAUCCAUGCAACACUCUACACUGGAUCAAAAGCUAUGCAUAGCCAAAUUCUUAGCAUAUUCAAUGACGAAGGAGGGAAGUUCAAACAGUUUUCUGCAGCACAGAAUAUGAAAAUCACUUUGCAGAGAAGAUAUAAAAAUGCAAUUGUAGAUAGCUCUCGGCAGAAGCAGUUGGAGAUGUUUCUUGGAAUGAGGCUUUUCAAGCAUCUUCCAUCUGUUUCAGUUCAACCCCUAAACGUACCUUCUCGGCCAUCUGGUUUCUUCCUUAAGCCAGUUGCCAACAUGUAUCCAAGUUCUGAUGGUGGAACCAGUCUUCUGAGUUUCAAGAGAAAGGAUAUGAUCUGGGUUUGCCCACAAGCUGCAGAUGUGGUUGAACUUUUCAUCUAUCUUGGUGAGCCUUGCCAUGUCUGUCAGCUUCUUCUCACCAUAUCUCAUGGGGCAGAUGAUUCAACAUAUCCGUCAACAGUUGAUGUGAGAACAGGCCGCUACUUGGACAGUCUUAAACUGGUUUUGGAGGGUGCUUCUAUACCUCGGUGUGGAAAUGGGACAAACCUUAUGAUACCCUUACCAGGAGCAGUUAGUUCUGAGGAUAUGGCUAUAACUGGAGCUGGUGCACGACUCCAUGAUCAAGAGGCAUCAAUCCUUCCAUUGUUGUAUGAUUUUGAAGAGCUUGAGGGAGAAUUGGAUUUUCUUACUCGUGUAGUGGCACUUACUUUUUAUCCUGCUGUUUCUGAAAGAAGCUCCAUGACUUUUGGUGAGAUAGAGAUCCUUGGAGUUUCUCUUCCUUGGAGAGGAGUAUUUUCUCAGGAAGGCCCUGGUGCAGGAAUACUUGAGCUUGCCAAAAAAAUUCAAAAACAACCCAAUUCGUUGUUGUCAAGUUCAGAUACGAAUCCAUAUGUUGACACUUCCCUAUCCAAUGAAAAAGUGUCAACAUCAGUCCAACAAAAUGCUUCUGCCAAUCCCUGGGCUGACCUUUUGACUGGAGGGGACACAUUUUCUGAUCCUGCUUAUGAGCCGGUUACAAGAAGUGUUGAGCAUGAGGGAAAUGACUUGUUUGAUUUCCUGGACCAAGCUGUUGUCGAGUAUCAUGGUACAGAAACUGAUCAUAAGGCCCCUUCAAAACAGGGUGAAAGACCUCCAGAUAGGGGCGCCCAGCAGUAUAUAAAUUGUUUGAAAUCCCUUGCUGGGUCACAUAUGGAAAGAAAACUAGACUUCAUAGAAGCUAUGAAACUUGAAAUUGAACGCCUGCGGCUGAAUCUUUCAGCGGCUGAAAGGGAUAGAGCUUUAUUGUCAAUUGGAAUCGAUCCUGCCACUAUAAAUCCAAAUGUUUUGCUUGAUGAAUCUUACAUGGGAAGAUUGUGCAGAGUAGCGAAAUCCCUUGCAUUGCUUGGUCAAACUUCUCUUGAAGAUAAACUUAUUGGUUCUAUUGGUCUUGAAAAUAUUGACGAUAAUCUGAUAGACUUCUGGAAUAUUGCUAAAAUUGGGGAAAGCUGUGUCGGUGGCGAGUGUGAGGUGCGUGCUGAAACCAGUGCACCUGCUCUUGCAUCAGCUACAGUGUCAUCUGCUGGAGCUUCGCAAUCUUUUUUGCUGUGCUCUCAAUGUGAAAGAAGGGUUUGUAAAGUUUGUUGUGCUGGAAGAGGAGCUCUUCUUUUCACAAAUUAUAACUCAAGGGAGGUUACCAAUGGUGCAUCUAGUCAGGGUGGAUCAAGCCAUGGUGGCCAACUUGAUGCAUCUACAAAUCGUUCAGUAACACUGGAUAGUGUUGUCUGUAAAAAAUGUUGUCAUGAGAUCGUGCUUGAUGCAUUGGUGUUGGACUAUGUUCGGGUCUUGAUUAGUUUGCGAAGAUGUGCCCGUGCAGACAAUGCUGCUUAUAAAGCUUUGAAUGAGGUUGUGGGAUCCUCCUUGAAGGAUUGCCUUGCUGAAAGGACUCUUCCAUCUGAUAGUGUUCAAGCUGUUAAAGUCUUACCUCAAUUACUAGGUGGACAGGAAUCACUUGCUGAGUUUCCAUUUGCAAGCUUUUUGCACUCGGUUGAAACAGCAACAGAUUCAGCACCAUUUUUGUCACUCCUCGCUCCAUUGAGUUCUCGAUCACGCCAUUCAUAUUGGAGAGCUCCUCCUAAUACUACAUCUGUUGAAUUUGCUAUUGUUCUUGGUACUCUCUCUGAUGUUAGUGGGGUCAUCUUGCUUGUUAGUCCAUGCGGCUAUUCCAUCGCCGACACUCCCAGUGUACAAAUUUGGGCUAGCAAUAAAAUACACAGGGAAGAAAAGUCAUCCAUGGGAAAGUGGGAUGUUCAAUCCCUAAUUGCAUCUUCUCCAGAUUUAUAUGAACCGGAAAAUUCAGUUAGAGAAGAUAAAUUACCUAGGCAUGUAAAAUUUUCUUUUAGGAAUACUGUUAGGUGUCGCAUUAUUUGGAUAACUCUACGUCUUCAGAGGCCUGGUUCAGCCUCUGUUAAUUUUAAGAAAGACUUCAAUCUUUUGUCACUAGAUGAUAAUGAAAACCCCUUUGCACAAACAAGUCGGCGAGCUUCUUUUGGAGCAGCCGAAAGUGAACCAUGUCUUCAUGCCAAAAGAAUUUUAGUAGUCGGAAGCCCAGUGAAAAAAGAGAUGGAGCGUACAUCAUCACAGAGCAUGGAUCAGGUGAAUUUUGGAAACUGGUUGGACAGGCCUCCUCCGUUGGGUAGAUUCAAGCUCCCAAUUGAGGCUGAGCGCUUGAUGGACAAUGAUCUUUUGUUGGAACAGUAUCUUCCUCCUGCUUCACCUCCGCUUGGUGGAUUCCGGUUAGACGCUUUAACUGCAAUAAAGCCACGAGUUACCCAUUCGCCUUCUUCAGAUGCCGAUAUCUGGGAUACAUCAAUAACUUUCUUAGAAGACAGACACAUCGCUCCAGCUGUACUGUACAUUCAAGUCUCCGUCCUCCAGGAACCAAACAAGAUGGUAACAGUCGCAGAGCACCGCCUACCAGAGACUAAACCCGGAACACCAAUGUACUUUGACUUCCCAGAACCGAUCCAAAGCCGCAGAAUAUCAUUCAAACUUCUCGGAGACAUUACUGCAUUUUCUGAUGACCCCGCAGAGCAGGAUGAUUCAGGUUUUCGAGCUCCACCUGUGGCGGCCGGACUAUCUUUGGGAAAUAGAAUCAAGUUAUACUACUUCUGUGAUCCUUAUGAACUCGGUAAAUGGGCAAGCCUCUCGGCCGUCUGAUCAUCGGAAAGAAUGCUUUCCAGAAUGGAUCACCAUUGAUUUGUUUGUUGUUGUCAUUUAUUGAUAUAAUUUUUUUUUUGUUGUAUAAAAUUAAAAUGUAGCAGUAUCAAGUUCAUUGAUGCAGUAUAAUAUAAUUUGUGUUGUAUGAUAAAGUCAUAAGAGCUUUUCUCUUCAUUCCAGGAUGAAUUAU